CAAAAUUCUGUGUUUCAACAUUUUCUUCCAUCCCAAACCCCUUCCCCUCCCAUAAAUCUCCUUGUCCAGCUCCAAAAAUCAUACUAUGAAAUUCCAUUAAUUAACUUUUAACUUUCAUCUUGUUUUCUUGAGAAAAAGCUUGCACCUUUAUCUGGGUGUUUGUUUCCCUCUGAAAUUUUCAGUCUUCAAGAAUCCAAUAUUUGCAGUUUGAGUUUUGAAGCAUUUCAAGCAUUAACCUUUUCGUUUUACUUCUUAACUUCAAAUUCUUGAUACGAAAGAUUCGAUCUUGAUCGUCGUAAUCUUCAAGAAAGAAUCCUCUUUGGUCUGUGAUGGGAAAUUGCUGUGCAGUACCAAAAACAUCCGAUGAGAAGCAUACAACAAAUCCAUUUGCAACAGAUUUCGGCGUGCCAAAAUCCUAUGUGCUGAGCAAUCCAACGACAGGGCAUGAUCUGGAGGAGUUCUACGAGCUCGGGCGCGAGCUCGGGCGUGGCGAGUUUGGGGUGACAUACAUGUGCACUGACAAGGCCACCGGGGAGAGGUUAGCCUGCAAAUCCAUAUCCAAGAAGAAGCUGAGGACUAGUGUGGACAUUGAUGAUGUUAGGAGAGAGGUUGAGAUCAUGAGGAAAUUGCCUAAGCAUCCCAACAUUGUGAGCUUGAAGGAUGCCUAUGAGGAUGAUCAUGCUGUCCACUUGGUUAUGGAGCUCUGUGAGGGCGGUGAGCUCUUCGACCGGAUUGUCUCUCGAGGCCAUUACACCGAGAGGGCUGCUGCAGCCGUUACUCGAACCAUCGUUGAAGUCAUUCAGGUGUGCCAUGAGCACGGGGUGAUGCACCGUGAUCUGAAGCCCGAGAACUUUUUGUUCGCAAACAUGAAGGAGACAGCAGCACUUAAGGCCAUUGAUUUCGGACUUUCAGUCUUCUUCAAUCCUGGGCAAAGAUUCAACGAGAUUGUGGGAAGUCCGUACUAUAUGGCCCCAGAGGUGCUAAAGAGAAACUAUGGUCCAGAGGUAGAUGUGUGGAGUGCUGGUGUCAUCCUCUACAUCUUAUUAUGUGGUUUCCCGCCUUUCUGGGCCGAAACUGAACAAGGUGUGGCUCAAGCAAUCAUUCGUUCGAAUGUGGAAUUCAAACGGGAUCCUUGGCCUAAGGUCUCUGAUAGAGCCAAGGACCUGGUCAAGAAGAUGCUCAAUCCCGACCCCAAACAACGCCCUACAGCACAGGAAGUUCUAGGUCAUCCUUGGUUGCAGAACGCGAAAAGUGCUCCUAAUGUUUCUCUUGGAGAAACUGUGAGAGCCAGACUGAAACAGUUCUCGACUAUGAACAAGCUCAAGAAGAGAGCUUUAAGGGUCAUUGCUCAGCACUUGUCUGUGGAGGAAGUGGCCGGGAUCAAAGACGGAUUCCAGAUGAUGGACACGAGCAACAGGGGGAAAAUCGACAUGAAUGAGUUGAGGGCCGGUCUGCACAAGCUCGGCCAUCAUAUCCCUGAAACCGACAUUCAAUUUCUCAUGGAAGCUGGCGAUGUGGAUAAGGAUGGUUUCCUUGACUAUGGAGAGUUUGUCGCGAUCUCUGUGCACCUGAGGAAGAUGGGCAGCGAUGAUCAUCUGCGCAAGGCCUUUGAGUUCUUUGACAAGAACGAAACUGGCUACAUAGAGAUCGAGGAACUGAGGGAUUCCCUCACGGACGAGGCAGAGGUGUUGAGUGAAGAAGUCAUCAAUGCCAUAAUCCAAGAUGUUGAUGCAGAUAAGGACGGACGCAUAAGUUAUGAGGAGUUUGCAGCUAUGAUGAAGGCGGGGACGGACUGGAGGAAGGCAUCGAGGCAGUAUUCACGAGAGCGGUACAACAGCCUCAGCCAAAAGCUGAUGAAGGAUGGCUCACUUCAGAUGAGUAGCUGAGAAUGUUGUUUUGGUUUUUGAUGAAAUUUUCUUGGUUUUGUUGGUAAAGAGUAGAGAUAUAGGUUGUGUAAGUGUUGCCACCCUUGCUUUAAUUUUUUUGUUUCAAGAAAAAGUGAAUGGUUUAAUUUUUUCCUUAGUAUAGGAGUUGUAAGUAUUUUCUGCCAAUAUAUAGGAGUAUUCAAUGGAGUAUUACAGUUUAA